AACUCCACGGAAGUUCAACACCUGAGAGAAUAACUGCGCGUCGAAUUGUCGGUGUCAUUCCAAAAUGUCACUAUCUCUCUGAGACCCGCCAUAUUUCACAGCUGUGACAUUCGGGCACACAUUUAGCAGCGAGCCGUGUCUCCUCACUUCCUGCCCGGGACACCUCCGCCUGGAAAGGAGAGGAGCUCGCUACCGUGUCUGGAUAAAUCUGAGCGGAGCUUCCCUUCCGGCUCCAGCCGUGCUGUCACAUCGGGAGGAUGAACGACCAGAAAUGUAGCGCCUUAUUUCAGAAACCAAGGGGACGGACGCGGAUUAUACAAUGCAUCUAUGUGGUGGGCUUCAUGGACCUGUUUGGCGUGAGUAUGAUCAUACCUCUGCUGAGCCAUCACGUGAAGGCCCUUGGAGCAAGCCCCACUGUGGCUGGUAUUGUAGGAGCUACGUAUGGGAUCUUACAGCUCUUCUCAAGCACAAUAGUUGGGAGCUGGAGCGAUGUGGUGGGCCGGCGCUACUCACUGCUCACCUGUCUCCUGCUGAGCGCUCUGGGCUACGGGCUGCUCGGCAUGUCCACCAGCAUCGCUUUGUUUGUCCUCGCACGGAUUCCCGUGGGGCUGUUUAAGCACUCCCUGUCCAUCUGCAGAGCUCUGCUGUCCGACCUGGUCUCAGAGUCAGAGCGUCCUCUGGUGAUGGGACACUUCAAUGCAGCCUCCAGUGUUGGCUUCAUUCUGGGUCCUGUGGUGGGCGGCUACCUCACGGAGCACGAAGGCGGCUUUUAUACUUCCUCCUUUACCUGUGCAAUCAUCUUCCUCACUAAUGCAGGGCUUGUUUGGAUGAUACCAUGGAGCGAGACGCUAAUUUACCUGAAUGGCAAUCACUCCAGGACCAACGCAAGUAAAGGUUGUCAUGACAACAACUGCAGUAAGUCGGUUUGCAAUGGCUCUCAUUCAAAUAGUCACGGCCGAACGUCGGCAGCGGAGACGGACCCGGACGCCAGAGCUCCGGAGACACGUGGAGUUGACCCCGGGGGGAGCAAGGCAUCCCCGUUCCAGCGUGCCUGGAGACUGCUGUCCUCGGUGGGCUCCAGGAUCCACAUGGUGGCCUCCUCUGACAUGUGGGACCUCUUCCUCAUGCGUCUUCUGAUGGCUUUAGCCAUCAUGCUUUACCACAGUAACUUCUCUCUGGCGAUGGAGGAGCGUUUCUCACUCAAACCCAAGGUGACGGGUUAUCUGAUCAGCUACAGCAGCACCUUAGGGGCCCUGGCGGGUUUCCUGGUGGGGCCCGUCACCCAGCUGUACGGCAACAACAUGCCUGCUCUGCUUCUCCACUCCACAAUUCUCACCUGUUCGCUCAUUUUACUGUACGCCGCGGCGCCCAGUGUGUCGCAGGUGCUGCUCACGUCCACAUUCUUUGCCAUUUCCACCACUAUCGGACGGACAUGCAUCACGGACCUGGAACUGCAUAGAGGAGGGGUCCAGGCCAGCGGGACUCUGAUCGGGGCUGGGCAGUCUGUGACAGCCGUCGGCCGAGUCCUCGCCCCUCUCCUCUCUGGUCUGGCCCAGGAGUUCAGUCCUUGUGGCCCCCCCAGCGUGGGGGUGAUCUUAGCUCUUGCAGCUGUAGGUUUAAUGCUCAUUCGGAUCCCCAAAUGGGACAGGAGAGGGAUGACAAAAGAAAGCCGAACUGACUGAAUUCAUUCAAAAUCAUAGCAGAUCUAUCCCACAGAGAUGUGCUCCUAUUGAGGAGGCAGACCAAUCAGAGGUUUUCUGCGGAUAAAUAGCAGAGUCGAAGUGGGAAUGACGCGUCCUGUCCCGAUGGACCUGGCCGUCUGUAGAUGCAACCACAUCACUCUCUAAAUGGCUUGUCACCACCAGCACUGCAGCACAUCGCUCAGGAAAAGCAGUUUCAAAACAUUAGGGCCUGGUGUUAGCACAUAGUGCUCCGGACCCCUUUGAAACAAUGCACACUUUAUUUUGAAUGUAAUUCUCUAAGCACUACCUUGUACAAAGUACUUGGAGUUACCUGUAGCGGUAGAUCACACUGUUGUGUUUUGUUGAAAACACCUUACCUCAAUGCCAGUUGUUUUUUAUGAAUGCACUGCUUCCAAAUGGUUCCUACGGUGGUAUGUGACCAAAUCUUUGUUCCAUAGAUUUGUUCAUUCUUAGGAUAUUUUUAAAUUGUACAAAUGCUAAUAUGCAGGCUUACUAGUGUACUGGUUUCCACUGGAACAUUUUUUUCAUGUGCUUAUGUUCAAAUAUAUAUAAUAUCCUAAUAUACCUUUAGUCACCCUCUGUCUGAAAAGGUCCUUUUCAGGGCUUUCUUUAAGUCCUCCCCCACCUCACAAAAAAGCUGAAUGGCUUUUUGCAUUGUUUUCUGAUCUAAGACCAACUGACUGGGUUGUCUUAUUUUACGGUUAAAGGUUUAAUAAUCUGUCCCCUUUAAGUUAAAUUUCAACUGUACUGAGACCCGCUCUUGUUAACUAUAUACAUUUCUGUAAACCUGUCAGUGAAACCAUGAAAUACAUGUCACAUCCAGUACUAAACUUUUUGUAUCAGAGUCUUGUUGUAAAUUAAACUGAUAUAAAUGCUUCAUA